AUGGCAAACUCGAUUGGUGGAAAGGAUUGCAUGAUCUCGGAAUGGAUUCUCUUGAUCGCUGCUUGGGCUCUCGUGGGCUUGAGAAUGUACACUCGUCUACUCGUGCAGAAGCAGAAGUUGAGGUUGUCUGAGUACAUCCUGUUGUUUUCUGCUUUGAUUGGUCUGGGACUUAUUAUUUGCGACACACUGACUUUUGAACUCGGAGUCAUGGAUGACUGGGAGCCCUCAGUCAAGUUGUCAAAGAUCUCUUUUGCGUCAAACUACUUUUACGACUUUGGCAUGGGCUUCCCAAAGUUGAGCAUGCUAGCUUUCUACUGGGGCGUGUUUCCUGCUGACAGACCUACACUGCGCAAGGCCAUGUAUGUUGUUACUGCCUAUGUAUGCUGUGCCUACAUGACCGUUCUCUGGAUGGAUACGUUCUACUGUGGUGUGCCCGUUUCGGUCCAAUGGAGCCAGGAAGAAGGUGCUUGCAGUGUGUUCUACGCUGAUACACCUUUCUACUUCAACUUUUCGAUGAAUCUUUCUUGCUAUCUGUUCAUCUACGGUCUUCCCCUCUUCUUGCUCAAGGGAAUGAGCAAAGAACACAAAGCAGCCAUCUACUUCACUUUCUCCUUGGGUAUCAUUCCCGCAUUGACGACUUUGAUCCGUUUCAUCACGUUGAAUACUGAUUCAACCGAGCCUAAUUUGGUUUAUAUCCUGAGUAUGGUUGAGAUGGCCACAGCACUUGCUGCCGUCUCGGUGCCUGGAUUGAAGCCGUUGCUCGAUAGACGUGGUUCGGUUGCUGAUGACCACUCAGUUGUUAGUGGAGAAGUUGUGAGAGAUAACAAGUUUGCAAGCGAGGUCUGA